ACCCGAAUCCAUUCCGAAGCGGCAAACAAAUCAGAAAGACCAUCUCUCUCUCACGCGCGCGCACACAAACGCAAACUCUCUUUCUUGCACUUUUUUGCACCGGCCCCGGCGUGUCAGCCUUCAACUUCAAAACGGAAAGAGAAGAAGAAAAGAAGAAGAAAUGAGCGAAGACACGAAGAGAAAUGGUAUCGGAGCCGGAGCUGUGGUGGUGAAGUCUUCGUCGGACGAUCGCAAGUCGUUAUCAGCCUCCUCCGAUGAUCGCAAAUCCUCUUCGAGUUCAGCUACUUCUACUACUGUUGGGAAGAAGACAGUAAUCAUAAAAAGUGCCGAUAUGAAACCUGACCUCCAAAAUGAGGCUGUCGACAUUGCUAUUGCUGCACUUGAGAAGUGUAAUGUUGAGAAGGAUGUAGCAGAACAGAUUAAGAAGGAGUUCGACAAGAAGUAUGGCCCUUCUUGGCAUUGCAUUGUCGGAAAAAACUUCGGAUGGUGAAACUUUCAUUGCUAAGAUUGUUGUCAUGCGCCCACAUGAGCGGCCAAACUCUCAGCUUGGUGGCAUGUUUACCCAUUUGUCAUGUUUGUGUGAGAUUAGAAAUUGUGGUAGUAAAUAAGGCAAUGUUUUCUCUAUUAAUACACAAUCGCUGAGAGAUAUUGUGCUUAUGCAUGCACACAGUUUUACAUUUUUGGUGUUAUCGCAAACUUAAUUCUUCAGAUGUCCCACGUUAAUUUACUUAUUUUUCUUU